AUCGCGCGGUAGGGGCCCAGUAUCCAGCAUGGCGGACUCGGGGCUGCUGCUAAAGCGGGGUUCCUGCCGUUCCACUUGGCUGCGGGCCCGCAAGGCCCGGCCCCAGCUCAUCCUCAGCCGCCGGCCCCGCCGCCGGCUCGGGACCCUGCGGUGGUGCGGUCGGCGGCGCCUACGGCGGCGAUUACUGCAAGCCCAGGCGGCCGGCGUGGACUGGAGGGAGGGAGCCCGUCAGGUGUCGCGCGCGGCGGCGGCCGGGAGACCCAAGACCGCGACCCCCAGCCCGAUCCCUAGCCCGACCCCGGCCUCCGAACCCGAAUCCGAAUUCGAAUCCGCCUCGAGUUGCCGCCGGCCUCUCAUCAUCCCUCCAGUGCGGCCAGUGGGCCCGGGCCGCGCGUUACUGCUGCUGCCGGUCGAGCAGAUGACAGGCGUUGGUCGAUGCAGAAUUUUUCUCUUCAGUGUUCCAUUGUGUUGCUAGAACAUCUGAAAACUGCCUCUGUAAACUUCAUAACCAGCUAUCCAGGUUCAUCCUACAUUUUUGUGCAAGAG